AAACAGAGGGAGGACGGUCGCAAAGCAAUCCGUCUUUAUCUUCUCAUGACCCGGGCGCUAGCAUAAGAGUUCACAUUCCAGUGUUGUAUAUAUAUAGUUCUAUGACUUGGUUUACACCGUAGAAACUCUUGAUACCAAUUGGUAUGAAAUGUGUACGCGAUCUGGUAAUUAGGCAAAUUUAAACUAUAUAUCUAUAUAAACAUUAUACACUCCAAUAAGUAAACCGUGCUUUUUUUUUACAUUUGUGAGAAAUUCUGGAAAUGCAUAUUAAGGCGAUCACUGUAUCGCAUUCAGUAUCAGACGAUUAAUCUGUAUUACAGGACGGUUAUAAUGGCACCGACAAGAAAACGUAGCAAGUUUUGGAAUUAUUUCGAAAAAUUGAAACCAUUGCUAGUAAAGUGCACGACCUGUAAAAAAGAAAUUAAGGUAUCUACCCCAAAAAACUACACAACCGUAAUGAAAAGGCACUUAAGUAAACAUGGAAUAUUUCUCGAUAAUGGCACUCUCUCACUACCUGACGAUUUAAAACAAUAUUACUCGAAGUUACCGGAAUAUAAGGCAAAAUGCAAUAAUUGCGGCAAAACAUUAUCCUUCUUAAUAAAUUUUAGAAAUUUACGAACACAUUUAAGAAAACAUUCCACAAGUAUCCAGAGUACAGAUGAAGAAAAUCUACAAACGCUUGUUGAUGCAAUCGCUGUACCACAUUUAGUGUCGGACAAUCUGUAUUACAGUACGACACCGACAAAAAAGCGCAGCAAGUUUUGGAAUUAUUUCGAGAAAUUGAAACCUUUGCUAGUAAAGUGCACGACCUGUAAAAGAGAAAUUAAGGUAUCUCACCCAACAAAAUACACAAGAGUAAUGAGAAUGCACUUAAGUAGACAUGGAAUAUUUCUCGAUAAUGACACUUACACACUACCUGACGACUUAAAACAAUAUUACUCGGAGUUACCGAGAUAUAAGGCAAAAUGUAAUAAUUGUGGCAAAGCAGUGUCUUUCUUAACAAAUAUUGAAAAUUUACGAGUACAUUUAAGAAAGCAUUCCACAAUAACCCAGAGUCGAGAUGAGACGACAUCGACAAAAAAACGCAGCAAGUUGUGGAAUUAUUUCGAGGAAUUAAAACCUACGCUGCUAAAGUGCAGGACCUGUAAAAAAGAAAUUAAAGUAUCUCAUCCAAAAGACUACACAAACGUAAUGAGAAGGCACUUAAGUAAACAUGGAAUAUUUCACGAUAAUGACACUCGCACAAUACCUGACAACUUAAAGCAAUGUUACUCGAAAUUACCGGGAUGUAAGGCAAAAUGUAAUAAUUGCGGCGAAACAAUAUCCUUCUUAAAAACUUUUGGACAUUUACGAACACAUUUAAGAAGGCAUUCCACAAUAACCCAGAGUCGAGAUGAGACGACAUCGACAAAAAAACGCAGCAAGUUGUGGAAUUAUUUCGAGGAAUUGAAACCUACGCUGGUAAAGUGCACGACCUGUAAAAAAGAAAUUAAGAUAUCUCGUCCAUCACACCGUACACUAAUAUUCAGAGCACAUUUAAAGAAACAUGAAAUAUUUCUCGAUAAUGACAUUCGUACACUACCUGACGACUUAAAACAAUAUUACUCGGAGUUACCGGGAUAUAAGGCAAAAUGUAAUAAUUGUGGCAAAGCAGUGUCUUUCUUAACAAAAAUGGCAUUUUUACGAAGACAUUUAAGAAGGCAUUCCACAAUAACCCAGAAUCGAGAUGAACUGAGCACCUCAAGUUCACUCGGUAACGAUAUAGAGCCCAACGUAGAACGUCAAGGUCAGGAAACAAUUGAUUUGGCUCUACAAUCAUGUGAACAAUCGAGAAAAGAAACAAGAGCAUGUAAUGAACCAGGCACUUCAAUUUCAACGGAUUAUAAUACGAAUCUUACCGCAGAAUGUCAAAGUCAGGAAGUUGAUUUGGAUCCUCAAACGUGGUGAACAAUCGAGAAAGGAAAGAAGAGCAUGUGAUGGGUAAUUAUUUGACAUUGUCAUAACAAAUUGAUCAUUGGCUGUUUGGUCAGAUUAGUCAUCAAGACCUUUCAACCAUGGGUUUUGGUCUUUUUCUAAAUUAAUGUAAUUUUGAUGCUUAUAUAUAAUACAUUAAAAUAGAGUUUCUCCCUAAUUUGAUUCAUGUCAUAUCGGUGUUUCACUUAUCUAUUAUAAUCCACAAAUUCAGUCUAGACAUUAAUUGCUUGACAUUAGCAUUACAGAAGUUCGAGGUAUAAAACAUUCUCUCCCUAUCUCUUUCUUUUUCUUUCUAAUAUUCACUCUCACUUACAAAACUUCACUCCAUUAUGGUUCACCGUCAAUAAGUACAUAAUAGCAUUAAGUAAUAUGUACAGUUGUAGAAUUUUAAUAAUUAUUAUUUUUUUUUAUUUUUAAUCACACCACGUUUCUACACAGACCGAGCACUUCAAGUUCAGCGAAUUAUGUUAUGGAUGUGGUUAGGGAACGCAGCCUUAGAAAUUAAUACAUGAAAUAUGAAUCUGAUGUAUUCCUUUGAUUAAAAUAAUUAAAAAAUAAUAAUAUUUUAUAGAAAUA